AUGUCGUGUUUAGUUUACUUUGAAAACUGUCCCAUCGUUGGAUUAGACUACACAGAUGUGUCAUCAUUGAAACGAAAAAUUUCGCUGAACCAUGGAGUAUCAAUGGAAGAUUUAUUUGCCACGCUUAAUGGGAAGCCUGUCUCAGAUGAUUACAAUAUCAAAACCACCGACAAUGUUAUUAGAUUGUCGAUGAGACUUGUUGGAGGUAAAGGUGGUUUUGGAUCCAUGUUAAGAGCUAUUGGUGCACAAAUCGAGAAAACUACGAAUCGUGAAGCUUGCAGAGACCUUUCCGGACGUCGUUUGCGUGAUAUAAACGAAGAGAAAAGGUUAAGAAAGUGGCUUGAGGGCCAGGAAGAGCGGGAAAAAGAAGCAACUGAAAGAAAACGAAGGAAACUUGAGAGACUGGUGGCGGAGCCGAAAAUUAAAGUUGACUUAAACCCAGCAUAUGAGAAAGAACGCAAAGACUUGCCUGAGCGUGUCAGCUCCGCAGUUGAAGCUGGUUGGCAGGCUGCAGGGUCAUCAAAUUCCACAAAAAGAAAGUCUGAUGAUGUUCCCAAUAAGCCAAAAAGGACUAAAAUGUGGAUUGACGCAGAUUUGUCAGACUGUUCGUCUACGUUAAGUGAAGAUGAGGAAGAUGUGCCGUCGAGCAGCCCAGGGCCUCCGGUUUCCACUGACAGUGGUAAUGAGUCAGAUUUGGCAGUCGCUGGCACUUCUAAAUAA